GAUUCAUAAAAAGUGCUAACGAGGACGGCACUGAUAUACCUGUCGAGGUAUACGCUUCCGUAUCAUUGUCCCGUUUUUACGAAGGAUUUGUAGGACACGAUUGUGUGACGAAUGGACAUUUAUUGUACUCAUAAAUACUCAGAUAAUUUUUACGUUCCAUUGUUUUUUACACAGACACCUAAUAAAGAUUACAUUGGCGUGACCUUCUGUGCGCGUUCAAUUUUCGCAAUCAAUUGGCGCGCCCGCUUAUCUUUCCUCACACCGUUGUACGGGAUGUUGUCGACGUAACGAUGUCGCCUAACAUUGGAAAUUGUACGAGAAAUAAAUCACAGAAAAAGAGGGAUAUCCAAAGGUUCUUGCGAGUUCACGAUGUCGUUCGAGAGAUAACGUCUUCUUUAAAGCGAUAUUUCUUUUCGUUGGACGAUUACUCGGAAAUUGCCAUUUUUUACCGAGUAUCUCUCUCUCUUUCUCUCUUUUUCUCUCCCUCUCUAUUUCUAUAUCUGUUCUUCCGUUUCACUUGGUGUUAAAUUGUAUGUUCACGUCAAUUUAUAAUUUGUAUCUCUCGUCUCUAACGACGUUUUUCGUGAUUUAAGAUUGAAUCUUCAUUAGGACGGGAAAGGAAGAGAGGAGAAUAAUUGAACGUGCCAACUGUACGCACAUCUGUCUUCUCGUUAAAACCGCAAUGAAACUUCACGAUAAAUAUGAUCGUGCAUGUAAUGCAGCCAGGCUGGAAAAACAUGAAAUUCAUCGGCGACGCUGACCUUGCAGUUUUACAAUUCAAGCGACUCAAGGAUCGACAAUCUUUCGGAUUCAUAGCCAAGAACCGCGGGAUUUCCUGACGCACACGAGCGAGCCGGGAUUGAGAGGACGGCCUGACGACAGAACUUUAUCGUCAGGAAAAUAAACAGCGGAGUUUAUCUCCCCACGAAACUCAGCCGAUCGUGGUCGCACUUUCGACGAAUGCUUUCUUAUCUGGCGAUUCGCGCAGAUCGCCUCUCGAAUACUCUGCGUCUCGCGAGAUAUCGUGAAUUCAAACGGGGGAAGUUGCGGCCAAGUUUCCCACAGACGCAUGAUUCGUCCGUGACUCGUCCCCGUGGUGGGGAACGUGGUGUGGCACGGCGAUUUAUAUAGGAGAAGGAACGCUUGCCACACCAACACUUCAGAUUCGAACGGUGAAAUCGUCGUACAGUCGUCGAGAAUCUUCCGCUUCAGUGGCACAUCGUCAGUGAAACCGUCGCGUUUCCGUCAAGUUCGCCGAAUAUCUCGAUACACUUCGAUAAUCAUGUUCAAGUACGCAGCAUUCUUCGCCACCGUGUUUUGCUUGGCGAACUCGCAGCGACCGUGGCACGCUGGCAGCAGCAACCGGUUACCGAUGGUUCUUCCGCAAUACCUCGACGAGCGAUUAGCAGCGGAACGAGAAGCCCAAGCGAGCCAAGCAGCCGAAGCAGGCCAAGCGCUCCAACCGAAACAAACGAUUCAAUCGUUGCAAGGAGCGUCUGGGAAUCAGGGAGCUUCUGCUUCUGCUUCUGACGUUGACGUCCUCAAUCGAAACGACGUGAUAGACCCGGCUGAUCUGCCAGUUGACGCUCGCGGUGACGUCGACCUGAUAAAAAGGAUCAAGACCUGGCCGAGGGAGAAGCAGCCCUUCUGGUACCUCAACUGGCAGGCGAUCCAGGCGCAUCGUGGUGACGUGAACAACCCCGCGCAAGUGCCGCAGACGCAGCCUAAUACGAGGCCGUUAAGAGCGGUUAAGAGCGGAAUCGUUCUUAUGAAUCCGGCACUGACAAGACUGUAAAGUUAAGCAUUUCCCUCUCAGCAGUAGGAUGAAACGCCCGCGUCGUUAUUCGCGGCCGCUGGUGAUUUAUUCGGCGGUUUAUUCCUAGUCAAAGUCGGCUCUCAGGACGAAACAGUCGUGACUCGGGGGAGUCGUCAUUCGGGAUUAUUAUAUUGAUCCCCCCCCCCCCUUCGGUUCCUCUUAGUGAUAAAGCGUUCGAACGCGAUCGAAGCGAAAGUCGGUUUUUAUGUGGCUUUGCGAGUUGUUUACGUACCAACCGACGUACCCCCCACCAUCGAAGAGUCCCCGAGAUUUUUGUACGAAAAAGAGAGAAAAUUGUACAAAAUUAUUAUACAUGAUCCUAUGAUGGAAUAAAUUUUUCGAUAUUCUCGAAAGAAUAACAUAAAGGUUUCGUUAAGAGAUGGAGCCUUGGCAGAAUAGCUGAUUUGUAAUUUUAUGACAAUGUUUUAUACUCUAAAUCUUUGUCUAAAUUUUCAUUUUUUCUUUUUACUCUUCUCUACGAUAAAACGGUUUGUCAUCAAUCAGAAACAGAAGGACAUUUUAGUCUCAGACUUCAGAUAUAAGUUAUUGUGCGUCACAUAAGACAAAAACGUAAGGCAUAAAAUUCUUGAAUCGAUAAGUCAGCCAUUCUGCUCAGUGCCAUACACUGCUCGCCGUAUCGCCAUUACAAUGUAGCGUCGGUCAAUCUAAUAUAUUUAUAUAUAUAUAUAUUUACUCUCAACUUCCCUUGUUUAUCGCAAAACUUUUAAUUUCAAAAAUAAAAUUAAUUAUUAAUUACUA